GUGUCACAUUCCUCUGUACGAUAUGUUUACUUCCGUCAAUAUUUCCAGAGGAAAGCUGCUUUUCUCAAUACAACAACCUAAUCGCUCUCUAAGUGAAGGAUGCCUUUCUUGGGCCAGGACUGGAGGUCGCCAGGAUGGAGCUGGAUCAAGACCGAGGAUGGCUGGAAGAGGAUCGAGUUCUAUGGAAAUGAAUUGCGGGACAACAACAACGGAAUAGACUUGGAAGAGCUCUGCGAUGAAAACAAAGAGAAUCUGUUUACUGGAAAUGUGUGCGAGGUAGUUGCCAAAAAGAGGAAAAAAGACUUCUACAACAACAACACCAAAUCACAGUUUGUUUACCAGGAGAAGUGGAUCUAUGUUCAGAAGGAGAGCACAAGAGAGAGACAUGGAUACUGCACGCUAGGGGAAGCCUUCAACCGUCUAGAUUUUUCCAGUGCCACUCAGGACAUCCAGAGAUUUACCUAUGUGGCAAAACUCCUCCAGCUCAUAGCCAGGUCUCAGCUGCCGUCCCUCAGUGGAGCAGCUCAGAAGAACUACUUCAACGUGCUGGAGAAGAUCGUACGGAAGGUUCUGGAGGACCAUCAUAACCCUCGCCUUAUCAAGGAGCUGCUGCAGGACCUGAGCUCCACCCUGUGCAUCCUGACCCGGGGCAUGGGCAAGUCUGUCCUGGUGGGCAACAUCAACAUCUGGGUCUGCAGGCUGGAGACCAUCCUCAACUGGCAGCAGCAGCUCAACAACCUGCAGAUACCCAAGCAACUGUCCAAUGGGAUGACGCUGCGUGACCUGCCGCUAGACAUGCAGAACAACAUCCUGUACAAGUUCUCCGACGCCUGUGACAUCAUCAACCUGGGACAGGCCACGCCCACCCUUCACAUGCUCAGUGAGGGCCGGCACCUGUGGAAGAAGCUGUGCCAGUUUCACUUUGCAGAGAAACAGUUCUGCAGGCAUCUGAUCUUGUCAGAGAGGGGCCAUGUGGACUGGAAGGUCAUGUACUUCACCCUACAGAAAUACUACCCCAAGAGAGAGCAGUACGGAGACACACUGCACUUUUGCAGACACUGUAGCAUCCUCUUCUGGAAGGACUCUGGACAUCCUUGUACAGCCAACGAUCCCGACAACUGCCUCGUGCCUGUUUCACCUCAGCACUUCAUAGACCUCUUCAAAUUCUAGACCUCCUUUUGAUACUCCAGACCAGGAGAGGGGUGACUUUUACCCCCUCCUCGCCUUGCCUCUCCUCUCCGUGUAUAGUGUGUGUAAAAACAAGGGCUCAGAGGAAGAAGACGUGUKUUGUUGUUUCAUAUUUUUCUGCAUAUUUUUGACUGACUGAAAACAACAGAGCGGAAAAGAGGAGAUGAUAUAACAUUUUUGAGUGUGAGGCAUGGAUGGCAUUAACGAGAACUACAGUGCUCAUUAUUGACACCUUGUUGGGAAAUAACAACUGAUUAUUCCAUGUGAUGGCUUGGUGGCCAUUUUAGGCCAGUUUGCCUACUGUUUCUUUUUGUUUGUUUCCUUGGUAACAGAAUGUAUGUCCAAUGUAGUUGUAGGUCUCUGUUUAUGUACAGUAUAUCUCUGUCUGUGUGUUUUCGCCCUGCAUAUUUGAGGCGUCAACACUAAAAAUAAAUGUACAUGUUUGCUGUAACAAUUACUUUUUACGAUACACCUUUUGUCAGAAGAACUUUCAAGUAGACAGUAAUGAAAUGUAAACAUGACUUUGUGGGGGUUUGUAAUAUUGCUUUAACAUUCCAACUGAUAUGUAACUUAUAGUUGGCUACUCUUGUUGGUAUUAUCAUUAAUUUCCUGGGAUAGAAGCAAUCUAAUUAUAAAAAAUAAUAAAGUUGUUCAUGGCUGUGGUUGCUAUGGCAWUCAUCUGA